AUGGUCUUCGCCAAACAACUGCUCUCUACCUCGCUCUUGCUUUCGUCGUCUCUAUGGGACUUUGCUCAGGCACUCGAUAAUGAACUACCGAACAAGUUCGUCAACCUUAGGUUCAACAAGAAAUACGGUGAUCACUACGAUACAGCCUCUACAGACUCCAGGAAACCUAAGCUGGAACUCGUCAAGCGUGACGGUUCCGACUACGAAGAGGUCGAAUUGACCAAUCAGCAAAGUUUCUAUUCCGUCGAGGUCGACGUCGGAACACCCUCUCAAAGAGUUACUGUCCUUUUGGAUACCGGUUCUUCUGACUUCUGGGUCAUGGGUUCAGAUAAUCCUUAUUGUUCCGAUGAUACUUCUACUACCGGUAUCGACUGUUCAGAAUUCGGCACUUUUGAUAGCAGUAGCUCUUCCACUUUCCACAAUAAUGGAACAGCUUUCAACAUUCAUUACGGGGAUGGAUCCUUCGCACUGGGUACUUGGGGAACAGAUACUGUCUCCAUCGAUGAUAUUACCUUGGAUGCUCUCUCCUUGGCCGUGGCAAACUCAAGUAAUUCCUCCAUGGGUGUUAUCGGGCUUGGGCUAGCAGGUCUAGAGACCACAUAUUCCAGUUCUCAUGCUGUUAAAAGUGGCCAAACUUACCAAUAUGCAAAUUUCCCGCUGGCUUUGAAAAAUGCAGGUAUCGUCGCCGCUAAUGCUUACUCUCUAUACUUAAAUGAUCCUGAAGAAACAACAGGUAACAUUCUGUUUGGAGCCGUGGAUCAUUCUCUAUAUUCAGGUCAGUUGUAUACUAUCCCAUUGGUUAAUAUCUACUCAGGAAGUGGGUUCAAAAAUGCUGUGGAAUUCGAUGUUACUUUGAAUGGUAUCGGUAUUGUUGACAGUUCAGGAAGUGCUACGACAGUGUCCACUACUCCAAUCAUUGCUUUACUAGAUUCUGGUACCACUCUAACUUAUUUCCCCACACAAUAUGUCUCCCUAUUGGCUGCUCAAUUGGGUGCUCAAUACAGUUCUUCAAAUGGUUAUUAUACAAUUAGUUGUGAUGCCAUGCAAGAUACUACCACGAAACUGGUUUUUGACUUUGGUGGAUUCCAUAUCAACGCUACUUUGGCUGAUUUCGUCGUGCAAAGUGGAACAUCAACUUGUUUUCUAAGUAUAAUACCUCAAAAUUCAUCUUCCGCCAUUCUAGGUGAUACAUUUUUAAAUAAUGCGUAUGUGGUUUACGAUCUAGAUAAUUUGGAAAUUUCCAUGGCUCAAGCAAAGUGGGAUCAAAGUAGUGAUGAAGAUAUUGAAGUAAUUUCUAGUAGUGUUCCUAGUGCUGUGAAGGCACCAGGCUAUUCCAACACUUGGUCCACCACCAUGUCCAUUACAUCAGGUGGUAAUAUAUUUACUGUCAAUGCCGAUGCAUCAGCCACUGUGUCUAACAGUGGUUCUUCUGCCUCAGCCUCUUCUUCCUCUGCAUCCUCAGGUUCAAACUCAAGAACUACUUCAACUUUAUCUACAUCUUCAAGAAAAUCCACUCAAACGUCUACCAGAACUUCUAGUGGCACUUCAUCAAGGAGAAGUUCCACCUCAACAUCAACGUCUUCUUCUAAUAAUAAAGAGGAAAAUGGAUCCACAACUGUUAUGGUUCCAUCCAUUUCAUUCUUCGUUUUAGCAUUCCUCUCUAUAUUCGUUGCAUUUUAG